AUGCUGCAGAACAGUACUAAAUCUCAGGACAGGGACGAAAACUUAGAAUGUAACUCGGGGAGACGUCUGUUUGUCGGAGGUUUGGCUCCAGACGUCACGGCGGCUGACCUGCGUAGACGGUUCGCGCCUUUUGGCGAGGUCCUGUGCGUAGAUUUAAUAUUGGAUAAGUGUGCGAUGAUGGGCGAAUCUCCUUGCAGAGGUUUUGCCUUCGUGGAGCUGAGGGUGUCUGAUGACGUCAAGUUAGGGAGGUGCAUUUCGACACUCAACCGUUGUACGUGGCGAGGACGAGAAAUGGUUGUAGCGCGUGCACAACCGUCGUAUAUGGAGCGUAUGAGACGAGAGGGUUUACUUUUGGGAGAAUGCACAACUUGA